UCAAUCGUAGUCAUAUCCAUUAUUGCUGAACAAACCUUUUGUGGUUUUGCCUUCUUCAAAUUGAUGUACAUGUAGGUUAAAGUUAUAUUUGGAAAUAGAGUAAAAUGUGCUGUUGUAUACUGUAUACAGGCAUUUCAGUUUUAUCAAGCAAACAUAGACAGGUAAAGCUUUCUAGGAGAUGCUUCUAGAUAAUGCAUGUUGAAGAAUGACACAAAACGAAUUUUUGGAAAACACAUUGCUACUUCAUUAAUACCCACCCCUUUCAGGGGGAUCCCAUAUAUGGGCCAUAUAGGCUGUAUAGGUGUACUGGCUGAAUUUAUAUACUGAUGUACAAAAACAGUAAACUGAUCCUUGCGAACAGGAGAUUAAGACAGAAUAAAUAUAAAGAACAAUCAAAUGGCCUCAAUGGUACUAUUUAAGUGUAUUUGCCCAAUAUUUUAGUUUGCAAAGCAACCAUCAACGGGGCGAAAAAGCCUUUUUUUACUUUUUGAUAUUUGAUAUUUUCUUUUUUAGCUCCUGUUGAAAGUUUGUGCCGGGUUUCAAACCGAAAAUAUCGGACCUUAUGUCGUCUAGAGUUGCCGUCCUUAGUCCAUCUCGUUUCUCUCACUCGCUCCAAGAAGAAGAGAGGAGUGGGAAAGAGAUUGGCCCAGACGUCCCCUACGUCGUCUUUAUUUCCUCAUCCUCUCACCCACCCCCGUAUAGUAGUUUUGCUGCAGUGUGUGACUUAAAACCCCCUUUUCCCCGUCGCUCCCAGGGCCCCCCAGAUAGCAAGGUUUUUGCUCCAAUUGCAAAUUCCUUCUAUUUAUUGCUGAUGGCUGGUCUUCAUUGAAGACUCAACGGUUAAAAUUUAUUGUUUUCUCUCUGGCAAACAGCUCAUUUUGAUCUUUCUGCUAAUAGACUAUUUAAUGGUGUCCAGCACUGUCUUAACUGUCGUGAUCGACGAAGAUUUAACUGGUUCUGAGCCCGGGUUCUCCCGGGGGGGGGGUACUCGCAGAAAAAUUGGGUAGGGGUGUGCGGCCCGCUUCCCAAAACCCUUACCCUAUUUAUGACCAAAAUCUGCGAUUUUCCCUACCCUAUUUAUGACCUAACCAAAAAUUUGAUACCCUAUUUAUGACCUGACCCUUAAAUCAAUACCCUGUUUCAGACCUGCCUUAUAAUUAUUUCCCUAGUUCAGACCAAUGUUAAAGGCAAUGUUUAUCUGCUUUUAUUAGGUUAGGGGGACAUGAUAAGGAAAUAGCUUCUUCUAAAAAAGUGCAUUCAAGACUACAGUGCAAAAAUCGUUACCCUAUUUAUGACCAAAAUGGCGGCAAAAUAGCCAAAAUCGAUACCCAAUUUAUGACCAAAACGGCUGAAAAACCCUACCCUUUGGGGCCGCACAUACCUAUAUAGCCCAUAUUAGGGAGUACCCCCCCCGGGUUCUGAGCCAAAGAGCAAGAUGAAAAAGAAUCACUGAUACUACAAAUCAUGCUCACUUCCUGUUUGCGUGUGCGAUUUAAGUGUAACAACUGAACGGUCCAGAAUAUUGAAAGCUCAGGUACGUCUUUAAAUCUCCCUUUGAUCAAAAAACCCUAACAGUACUUUUUAUACAUAAACUUCAUAGAAACUCUUCGACAAAAAACAAGGAGCAAAUAAGGGAGAACUUAGCUUGUGAAAGCAGAAAUCUAGAUGGUGAUCGGUGAUUCAGUCGCUUGGUAAUCAGGGUAAUAUUUUAGCUUUAGAGAAAAGUGUUGAUACUGGAUUCGUUCUCAGCCUGUUAUUAUAAACGCGAAAUCAGAGGAAAUAUUGCCUAAAUUCUCUGAUAAAAAUAACUUCUGUUGAUAAUUUAAGAUGGAUUGUUUAUACUAUAUUAUGGGAAACAAGACAAGGUAGCGUAUAAACUUUCAGUGUCAUUCCGUGUUUGAUAUAGAGCUACGAGAAACCAAAACUUAGAGUUUGCGUGUUGCUCAUGAUUAAGAAGCACAUUUAAUCUUGCUUAUGGUAGUCGAAUUUAUGACAACUAGCACGCACGGAAAAUCGUGCUGGCUUUGCUAAGGUCAAAGACUAAAGCAGGGCUGCUUGUAUUUCAGUUUAUACACAGUUCCUCUUUUGUCACGACACAGUAUAGACUGCUUGCAGUCCGCCUUUCUCUUAAAAUCCGUCUAGUUCUUAUCUAAUCCAGCGCGAUUGCAAAUUUAGGGAUUGAGACGAGACGAGAAUCGCGGCAAGCGGCUUCGCCGCGCGUGCUUAUAUAGCAGUAACUUUGCAAAGAAAAAUAAGAGACCGCUCGCAGUCUACACACAGGAAGUCCAAGCGCGAAAAAUAUGCAUGAGCGUCGGCACUGUUGCAUAACCUUCUAAAUAUAAGAAUUUGCAUGAGGAAAAAACGAUGUUCUCACUAUUCUGGAUAGCUCUUGAGCCGGCACAAAAAACAUGGCGGUUAGGGCUUCUGUUCACACGUAAGAUGGAACGGAAGGAAGUUGCGCCGCACCCGACUUGAAAGUGGAGCGUCCCAUACCCUGGGUUAUGUGCAUUGGACAACAGCGGAAGUGAAUAAGUAGGAGAGAGGACUGGAACCCACUGAGACUGAAAAAAAGUACAGUUGAAACAACGGUAAAUCGAACUGUGAAGGGAAACGAAAAACAGUCCGAGUUAGCGGGGAAUUAGAGUUAUCGCGGUAAAUUUCAGUGAAGUUUUGAUCAAGGGAAAGGAAAUUUAGUUCGAGUUAGCUGGGAAUUCGAGUUAUCGAGGUGCUACUGUAUUCAGGAGUCUUCAGCUGAAUGGGAUUUAGGACUACAAACCCUCUUUCUCAGCCAGCCGAGUAUUUCUUGACCUCUAAAACGGCCCAUCCUCGGAGACACACGGGAGGCUAGUCGGGACGAUAGAAUGGUCGUGGUGAAAGUUUACUGUAACACCACGAACAUUCUAUCGUCCCGACUAGCUUCCCCUAGGUCUCCGAGGAUGAAACGGCCAUGCGCGGCCUUUCAUACGUUGCCCCUACUUUAUUUACAUACGUAAUUUUUUUGCGCGUACGCAAGUAAUAAUUACGCUACAGUGGAAAUCCACCCUUACUCGCAGGAUUAUUGACACUGUCUAAUCACUGCUGUCAUUAAAAAAAAUAUCGGGGAAGAAAUGACUUAACAUUCUAUCUUGUGUUGACUAGGAGUUAAAGUCAUUUGUUUCCAUGGCUUCUGCUACACCUGCAACUCCAACUACAAAAGAAACAACUAAUUAUGCCAGGUUAUGCUGUGUUCUUGUCGAUUUGGGAACUUGUGCCCUCAGGGAUUGCUUUGAUGCCAUCUGCACACCACCAACUCUUCACACGAUCUUGGCAGCCAGUAAUCCUUCAUUAAAGUCUUUGAGAUCGAGAAGAAUCAUCAAUGCGACUCAAUGGGGAAAACUUUUCCCAGCCAUUUCUACUUCAGUCUCGUCAAAACAUUUUGACAUCACUCUCCUGAUGACUUUACUACGCAACAUCUGCGGUCUGGCUCCUCCGGUAACCGGAUGGGACGUGCUCCCCGCUGCCACAGACCUGAGCCGUGAGGCGGACAUUGCUCGAGUCAAAUACUUCAGGAAUACAGUGUACGCUCAUGCCGAGCACGCUUCUAUUGAUGACGCGACGUUUAACUCACACUGGAAGGAAAUCCGAGACACUCUAGUACGGCUAGGGGGAGCUACAUACAAGGUAAAAUAGAUUCAAACUCUGAUAUCAAUAUUCUGUCGGUCUUUUCCUCAUGUACCACGCCUCCUCCUAAUGCUUUCUUCUAAUUUUUGUGUUUGUUUUUGCAGGUGUGUUGUUGCUGUUGUUUUUUAUGCACAACUAUUAUUAAUUAUUAUUUUACAUAAUUCAGUGAUAUAUAUAUUCUCCGUUCUAUUUCAAGGUCGCUAUUGACAACUUGGAAUUUUGCUGCAUGGAUCCCGAUAUGGAGUGCCAUUACAAAGAACUCCUUCAUCAGUGGAAAAAUGAUGAAGAUAACAUAAAAGAUGAGUUAAAAGAAAUUCGCACCAACGUGAAAGAAGUUGGAACUAACAUAAAAGAAUUUGGCAGCGAAGUAAAAGAGAUUGGUACUAACAUCAAAGAAUGUGACACCAGCAUAAAAGAAGUUAGCAACGAUGUAAAAGAAAUUGGUUCCGAAGUAAAAAACCUCACAAAGAAGCUUGAUGACUUUGUAGCGUCAACUAUGAUUCCAGCCAGUAGUGAAGGUGCGUAAAUAACGCUUUUUCUUCUUAAAAGGUCUAGAAGCUAAAACUCUAACACCAAGAAAAGCGUGAAAUAGAGCGUCAGAAGCUUACACAUGAAAGAUGUCUAAGAUAUAAAAUUGAUAUUUUUCAAAAUAAUGUAAAACAUCUAGGUCUAAGUUUCUGAUUUUCCUUUUAACUUGCCGGCAAUUGUUUACACUAGACAGCUUAAACUACGUUUCCCAGAGGUGGUAGUAUUGAAACGUGGAAUAAAGUAGUCGCCAGAAUUUCGGAGUCUGAGUCUAUAUAUAUGAUAUAGUGGACGACACAGGUUGCACUUAACUCUCGAUUUCAACAUAGUUAUAACUAUAUAUGGCUACAAGUAUGAUCGAGGUAUAGUUUCACAGCUGCGACAAUGACGGUAAAAGUUGUUAGGCUUUUGUACACCCAAGUAAGGCUCCGUGAACUGCUUUACUUGGUUGCUUAGCAACUGUUAAAAAACGUUGUUUGCUGCGGUAAUAAUUUUAAAAUGUGUUUCGUUUUUAACUUCUUUCAUGUGGUUAUCCUUCUUCUGAAUGGGCACCCAUAUUCCCUUUUUUAUUUUUCGGCUCAGUUGCUGGCAUGGUCUGUAUGGACAAGUUGAAAAUGUUCGUUGGCGACAGUGCCAAGACGUUACUUGCCAGCUUUAGCACUCUAGGUGGGAUUUCGUCAUAACCUGUGCUUUGAGUUGGAUUUUUAAGUUUAAAGAAACUUGCUUCUCUUUGAUGUUGACAUUGGGAACAUGAACGUGAUAUGAGACAACUCACGAUCAACGGUGAAACAAACUUGUCUCGCCCCAUAUAAUGGCAUCCAAGAAAGUCUCGGAUUCUGGAUUCCUUGAGUUGUACUCCGGAUUCCACGAGCAAAAUUCCCCCGGAUUCCGGAAUCUGAUUUCUCUUACCUGGUUCCACUUGUCGGUCCGCAAUACCCUUACGGGCUAACUCUGAUAUAAUCUUAUUUUUCAGUUUUUUUUAAGGUCUUGACAGCAUUUUGGUAAAAGACGGUAUAAAAAUCUUCGAGGAUGCAUACUCCUCCAAAAUGUAACGAACGUCUAAGACUUGUAGUUUACUUUCCGUUUCAGGUGUGUUAAAAUGCACGUUAAUCAAUUUGAAAGUACAUAGGGUACGUUGAGUCUGUUCCGGUGUGUGUUCAUUUCGUAUGAUUAACCUCCAGUCAAUAUAUUGAAUUUCGUUUUUCUUAAGGUAGCAACCAAACAACGAAAAGGAUAGUGGACACUUCGUCGGUGUGCAGAGAAAAAUAUCACGAGAAUGAACUUGUGACGUUAUACUGUAAAAAAUGCAAAGUAUGUAUUUGCGACAAGUGUAGACAAACUCGCCACAAUCAUCACACCACUGUGGAUAUCUACCAAGCUGCAGAACAGCACAAAGUCGAUAUCGAGGAUAUUUUGCAAGAUAUGAAGAGAGAACUUGAUAAUUACAAGGAGCGUGCAGAAAAAACAAAGGAAUCCUUGAAAGAGAGUAGAGAGAGGAUAGCUACGGCACGAAAUAAAGUAAUGACUUCUGUUGGAGAACUCAUCCGACUUUUAGAGGAACAUGAGACAGCUAUGAUAACCAGAUUAGAUGUAUUUGAAGAAAAAGAACAAAGAGAGCACGCAGCACAACUGGAACAUUUCCAAAUUUCUAUGAAUCAGUUGCAAAAACAGGUCGAGUGGUGCGAAGGCAUCUUACUGAGAAGAAAAAGCGUUGAAAUUUUGCAAGUGCAUCAUGUUGUUAUUGCACGGUGCAGAGGUCUUUUAAAUGCAGAGAAACUACACAUUUAUAAGCCAUCGCAUGUCAGAUACCAGACAAAUGAAGAACAUGUAAAAAAUGUGAGAAGCGCAGUUACUGCUGUCGGUCGAGUUGUAGUAAGUAACACAAAUCCUGAGCAGUCGAUGAUUGAAGGAACAGGGCUGAAAAAUGUGUACUUGGGAAAAGAAGCAACAAUUAAGAUUACGACAAAAGAUUUUGAUGGAAACUGGUGCUAUGACGAUAUGGAUCAGAUUCAUGUACAAGUACAAUCUCCAUCAGGAAAGGAAUUGAAUCAUUUCAUCGCCCGGGGAGUGGAUGGUGCAUUUCACGUCACUUACACACCAGUUUGUGUUGGACAGCACGAGGCACUGAUUGCGGUAAACGGUGAGCUCCUACCCGGUAAUCCAUGGCGUGUUCAUGUCACCUCACAUCGUUACAAGUAUCAUUUUUCUUUUGGUUCAAUUGGGGGAAGACGAGGACAGCCUGUACUUGAUUGGCCCGUUUGUAUUGCAAUAGAUGACAAUUCAAAGAACGUUGCGGUGGCAGAUUUGAUGAAUGGGGUACAGUUAUUUAGUUCAGAAGGAAAGUAUAUGGGAGAUAUUAGCACCAACCAACUUAAUAAACCCACAUCGGUAGCAUUCAGCAAGUCAAGUGAAUUAAUAGUUACUGCGUCUGAUAAAAUUUUUUGUUUCGAUAAAAGCUAUAAAUUUGUGAAACUUGUCACCAACAAACACAUUAAGACACCACACUGCCUGACAAUUGCAGGCGAUGGGCGUUUGAUGGUGUGUGACUGGUAUGACGAUACAGUCAAGGUACUGUCCUCUGACGGCACACAGCUUUUACUCACAAUCACUGAUCCUGAACGUGAAACUCCGUGCUAUGCUGUGUGCUGCCAAAAUAAGUUUUUUGCUUCGUAUUAUGAGGCAGGUAAUGUUAAGGUUUACAGCAAGGAUCGUGAGUUUCCAAGCAGUAUCGGCGCUCCAGACCCUGGUGAAAGGCAGCUGAAGUGUCCUGUUGGCCUUGCAAUUGACAGGUUCAAUAACCUAGUGGUGUGUGAUCGUGAUACAGCAAGGCUUAUGAUUUUUACUCUUGAAGGACAGUUUGUCAAUUCAAUUGACACUGGGCUUACUGGUCCUUGUUCUGUAGCCGUUUCAAACAAUGGUCAGCUAUUUGUUACUGAUUUAGACAAAAGCUGUGUGCAUGUUUUCCAGUGA